AUGACGUCAUAUGAGAUAAACCCCAAGGAUUCAAAUGAAGUCCAACCCUCUCGACUACGUUUCCAACCUACACGUAUUAUCAAUGAUCAUAUGAAUGUUCUAUCGACUUUAACCACUCAUCACUUCCACAAACAUCUUUCAACAUUGCGUAACCUCAAGUUUCACUCUUUUCCGUGGUUUGGAUGGUGUGUAAUACAUGCGUUUCUACAGUUUUACUUUUUAUUCAGUCGAGGUUUGGCACUCAAAGCAUUAAUUUUCAUGUACGGCACUUCUGGUGAUAAUAUCAUUGAAACGAAGAUUAAAGUCUUGAGUUUAGGCUUUCUGGAAGAUUUUGUUUGUAUUACAUACUUUAUGACUGCGUUAUGGAUCUUUGAUACAUGGAAACGAAUAAUUCUUGAGCGAUAUAACGAGAUACAGCAGAUGAUGAAGAUUGCAACGUUUUUAAUCUCGUGGCUUCUCUUUCUAUUGAUUCUUGCUCCAUUUGUAGCCGAUAUGAUGCUUGUGGUACAUCGAAAUAUGCGAUUUUCAUUUGGUCUUUUUGCUUCAGUAGUACGAGAACGUGAAUAUCUUAAAGAUGCACCUAUUUCAAAUGAAGAGAUAGAAGCAGCAAAUAUGACUGGAGGUCACGUGAUUCUGAUUGCGACAUUAUUUGCAUUGGUACGAGUACGAACAACUUGGACCAAUUUGGCAUAUUGGGACCCAUUUCAGAUUACAUUUGGGACUCAUAAUACAAUUGAUCUUACUCUUGAAGAAGGAUCAAAGAGUACUAAUUCCACUACAAUCCAUGUACAAUCAACUUGUCGACGAAUUACUCUUGUUAUACUGGUACUCAUUGCGGUACCUGCACUUGUGGUCACAAUUCGUUCAUUUUGUUCUCCUCUUGUAGCCUAUGCGGCUUUAAAUGUUACAUUGAAUGAAUUACUUUAUCACAAAUUGGAACCAUCUUUAACUAUUGAAGAAUCAAUGCAUUUUCGAAUUCAACCAUGGGUCGAACGUUUUAUUGAUCCAUCAGAAGAUCACGAGCGAUUUGGACAUAAUACGCUAUAUAGACGUACAACUGGUUUUCAUGGUAAUCUUGCAUUUAAUGUAACUAUUGAUCAGGAGAAUCCACCAAAUGUUUUGGUUAUUGGAGUUGAAUCUUUUCGAUAUCGAGAUUCACGAUAUCUUGUAGGACAAGAAGAUCCAUCCAAUUUGUUUAAAGGUACAAAUUUAACGAUCACUCCACAAUUUGAUCGGUGGGCUCAACGUGGUGUCGCUUUUCGUAACAUUUGGUCUAGUAUUCCUACAAGUCGAUCGCUUGAAAGUUUAAUCUUUGCCCAAGUACCAUAUCAUAGUAGUACUCAAACUGGUAUUACUGGAGGGAGGGAAGAUGUCAAACUUUCAGGGUUACCCCAAUUGUUUUUACAAAAAGGGUACGAAACGUAUUUUACCACUGGCUCAACAAUUGAACUUGAUGCUUGGGAUCGUUUUUUACCAUCACAUGGAUAUUCAACUGUCUGGAAUAAAGAAUCAAUGAUGGAAAUUGCUGAAAAGACUUUAAACUUUACUAAAGAUGAUUGGACUGGGCAUCAACGUCGAGCUGGUGGAUGGGGUGUUCACGAUGAUGUUACAUUUCAAAUUCUAGGAAAUUUAUUAGUGGAAAAAAAGAAUGCACAAGAGAAUCAGAUGAUGCAAGGACAAAAGAAAGUACCUACUUUUAUUACCCAUUAUACCAUUUCAAGUCAUGAACCAUAUCAUGCCUUGCCAGGUUGGUAUGAACGAGGUCCACAACCUGAUUUUUCGGUCAUGUAUAAAGACGAAAAAUUUGCAAGUCAAAUUGAACAUUAUAUGAAACUUCGGUAUUUUUCCGAUUCUGAACUUGGAAAGUUUAUGGAUCGUAUGGAGCGUGAAGGAAUUUUGAAUGAUACAAUUGUUGUAAUUGUUGGUGAUCAUGGUCAGGCUCCAGAAGUUAAAGUGUGGAAUUAUGAUGAAGUUUCGUCAACUCGUGUCCCAGCUGCAAUUAUUGCAGAAGGACGAUUGGGUGAUGCUGUAGGUCUUGUGAUUGAUGAUGCAGCAGAGCACUAUGAUCUACUUAAUACAUUAGCAGAUAUUACUGGAUUACCUGAAGGUGGAUUUGUUCAAAAUGGCGUUGGUCGCUCACUUAAGCGAAAAUUACCGUUUGGAGAACGAGUGGUCUUUGCAAACGAUCCAUUGCGUAAAAUGGCCAUUGUACGAGGCCAUGAACGUCUUCGAUAUGAUCUUGUGACUGAUGCAAUGAUGUUACAUGAUACGGAAUUAGAUUAUCACAUGAGUCAAGAUUUAUUACCAUUAAUUAAAGAGAACGAACGUGCCGAAUGGAAAGCUUUAAGAGAAGAAGGUCGUCGGAUUGCGUCGUACUACAUUAAACGAUGGGAUGAAAAUUGCUUACUUGCUGUUGAGUGCGAAGGUUAA